UCAUUGCCCAGCGGGCGGCCGCGGGGGCGCGCCGCCGUUCAUUGUGCUCAGCCGGGGCCGCCUCCCGCUGCCGCUGCCGGCCACGGCGGGGGGGGCGCUGCUUUUGCUGCCGCUCCGCUCUAGCCCCCUCGCACCGGCCUGGGGCGGCCUUAAUCCUGAGCCAGCCUGCGCGGGCUGUCCUGCACCAAGGGUGGCCCUGUACUCAUCUCCGAAGAGGGUUGCCUUGCACCAAACUCCGCUGUACCCAUACCGGGGUGGGGGCCUGUCCUGGCCCAAGAGUGCCUCAGGACCUGUCCCGAGAGGCUGCGCUGCACAGGGACGGGAGCUCAGCCCCCAUCCCGAGCGGGACUGCCUUGCGCCUAGCCCCGCUGCACCCAUCUCGAGGAGCUGCCCUGCGUCGGGAAGGCGGCCAGCGCUCAUCCCCGAGGGAGCGGGCUCACUUGCACCCACCCGCGAGGGCCUGCGUCGCGCCGGGGACAGCCCAGCACCUCUCCCUGGGUGGGUGGGGGACUACAUCGCACCCAGCCCCACUGCCCCUGUAGUGGGGCGGCCCGGGGUUGCCAGCCUUCUCCCAUCGCCGGUGACCGGCUCCUGGCUCCCGCCUCGUUUCAUGGUCGUGGAGAGGGAGGAAAAAUCCCAAACCAGCUGUGUAAAUGAGUAUGGAAGAUUAUGAUUUCCUCUUCAAAAUUGUUUUAAUUGGCAACGCGGGCGUGGGGAAGACCUGCUUAGUCCGGCGCUUCACUCAGGGACUUUUCCCACCAGGUCAAGGAGCCACGAUUGGGGUUGACUUUAUGAUUAAAACUGUGGAGAUCAAUGGUGAAAAAGUAAAGCUGCAGAUCUGGGACACGGCGGGGCAGGAGCGGUUCCGCUCCAUCACGCAGAGUUACUACCGCAGCGCUAACGCCUUAAUCCUGACCUACGACAUCACCUGCGAGGAGUCCUUCCGCUGCCUCCCCGAGUGGCUGCGGGAGAUCGAGCAGUACGCCAGCAACAAGGUCAUCACCGUGCUAGUGGGUAAUAAAAUUGAUUUGGCUGAUAAGAGGGAAGUCUCCCAGCAGAGAGCUGCAGAGUUUUCUGAAGCACAGGACAUGUACUACCUGGAAACCUCAGCAAAGGAGUCGGACAACGUGGAAAAACUCUUCCUGGACUUGGCUUGCCGGUUGAUCAGUGAGGCACGACAGAACACCCUGGUGAACAAUGUCUCAUCCCCCUUACCAGGAGAGGGGAAAAGUAUUAGCUAUUUGACUUGCUGUAACUUUAAUUAAAGAGCUGGCAUGUGACUUCCCCUUCUGCCAUGGGCCAAGAGGAAUUGGUUUUUCCCCUGGGAUUUAUCUACUUGAAGGCAGUACCUGCCACUUUGACCCAUCUGACUUACCCUGAGUCACGCUGCAGACCUGGACCCAUGGCCAGCUGAUAGCUCCAGCUGCAUAGCAACACAGCAGAACAUAACAUGGCUUAAAUUUCCAUCUCUUUGUCUUGCAGUCUGUGGGAGUGGGUUAGGAAGAGAAGAGUUGCACAAGUGUUUCAUCUGAUGCAGAACAUGAGCUGCUGCGUUGCCUGCUAUGGGAGAACAGAGCAGCCCUUUUUGAAGUUAUUGAAGGGAUGAAAAUCUCUCUUACAGAACAAUGUAUUUGGUUCUCUUUAAUAUAAAACAAGAAAAAAGGACCACCAAACCAACAGUGAACACUGACACUACGCUGGCAAUCUUCUGGGCUGCCAGUGAGUGAGCUCUUAGGACAUGUACAUAGCGCCUGCAAACAUGUCUUCAUGGAGGACUCUGGUGUUUGAAAUACUGUUAUGUCUCUCAUCUAAAGACACUUUCUUCAACAUGGAAUUCAAAAGCUACAUCUAUCAACAUCUUCAAGAUUUAAGAAGACGUGGGUACAGCUCCCUUGCUCCCUUUGGUGCUAGCAGUUCAGCAAAUAUUAUUCCACAAACCAAACGUAGUCUUAAGUCCUCUGAAUGUGUACCUUAGACUGAUUAGGUAAAACAAAACACUAAUAAGCACUGUUCAGAACAAUAAAUCUGGUUACCUCUUUUUCUAGGCCUCAGCAUAGUGGGAAAGGACUCUGCUUCUUUGAUAUCCAACACAGGAUGAAAAGACUUUCCAGAAAUAAAUUAACUCUUCCUCCUCUCAUUGGUAAUGUCCUGAUGUUAAAAAUGAGCCUUGCGAGAGGUCAGUGGUGGAGUUGGAAGAAGCGCACCAGACGUGACCAAAACCUUGCCUGUGUGUGGAUGAUGUACAAGGGUUCAAAGAGAGCACAGUUUGAGGUGGGGGUCUGCAAUGUGUCUGGCUUAACAAAUGAAGCUUGUAGGUCAAGUUCUUGUUGCAAGGCAGGUGUACAACUGUGUAGAGGGUGCUUUUUAUGCUAAGUGGAAAUAGCAACAGGUCGCAAGUGUUGUUCUGUCUCAUCUCACCCAUCCAGCGCUCACCUUGUUGAACUGCUCUCCAAGAUGCUCUUGAAGGUAUCUUUUUGGCCUCCAGUCUCUCUGCUAGAGUGGGUUCAGGGCUGUAGAAUCACUUAAUUUACUUGAUACUUUGUAGUCUUGAUGCCAGGCUCCAGUGCAUGUGUAAGAGGUAGGCGCUUCAUUUAUUUCACUACAGUAACCCCCGAGGUGGAAGCACUGAGGAGUUUGUGAUGUUCCUACACCUCUAGUGCCACAUGCCAACGAUGCAUUGCAAAUUUAACCCUUCAUGUCAAAGUGCAAUUGGAACCUUAUGAAAAUGAGGCUGUUUAGAAAAUGAGGAUGUUUAGAAGUGACUGAAAAGACUAAAAGAGCUGGGGCUGUUCAGUCUGGACAAGAGGAGGCUCCCAGGUGACCUACUUGUGGCCUUCCAGGAUCUGAAGGGGGCCUACAAAAAAGCUGGGGAGGGACUUUUUAGGCUAUCAGGUAGUGACAGGACUAGGGGGAACAGAGCAAAGCUGGAGGUGUUGAGGUACAGGCUGGCCGUGAGGAGGAAGUUGUUGAGCAUGAGAGUGGUGAGAGCCUGGAAUGGGUUGCCCAGGGAGGUGGUUGAGGCCCCAUGGCUGGAGGUGUUUUAAGGCCAGGCUGGAUGAGGCUGUGUGCAGCCUGCUCUAGGGUAGGGUGUCCCUGCCUGUGGCAGGGGGGUUUUAACUGGACGAUCUUUGUGGUCCCUUCCAACCCUGAAUUAUUCCACGAUUCUAAGUCUUGAGUUCUGUUUGGCUAAUCCAGCUAAAUCUCUCCUGGCAAUGACAUGGCUGUAACUUAGUGCUAAUCAAUUUAGUUCUGUUUGGCUUUCACUGAAGAUUAUAACAGAGCUUUUGUAUUGACAUAAAAAGCUGCCAGGAAGUAUGUCUUGAAAAGAAUAAUAGAGGGGGAAAAAAAGAAACAAAAAGAAAGAAAGAAAGAAAAGGGGGGAGAAAAGGAAGAUGAAAAGGGAGGGAGAAAAGGAAGAUAAAAAGGUCAUUCUAAAGUACUUCCCUGUGUUCUCCUGGAAAGGCUUCUGUAGGCUGCAUCAUGUUGUGCCUUGGGUCUGUGAUGGAGAGCAGACUUUGUGUCAAAGAGAGGGAGGGUCAGUGUGUCAUAUGACCAUUUUUAAUGUUUUCUUGCUGUUUUUUAGGUCACUUUCUUCUCUGGCUCAUGAUAAAAAGGGAAUUGUGGAAGCUGUGGCACAAAGCUUGUUUGCUGUUUAGGUAACACUUAACAGAGAGCUUUUUUAAGUGUGAGAUAUUGAAGAAUGUGUCAGCUGCUGUUGUCCUGGUCAUUUUCAGUCCUUGCUCAUGGAGUAAUCCAGGGGAUUUAAACUGGAAGAGGGGAGAUUCAAACUAGAUGUUAGGAAAGGGUUCUUUACAGUGAGGGUGGUGAGACACUGGCACAGGUUGCCCAGGGAGGGUGUGGAUGCUCCCUCUCUGGAGGUGUCCAAGGGCAGGUUGGAUGGGGCCUUCAGUAACCUGUUCUAGUGGGAGGUGUCCCUGCAGGGGGAUGGAACUGGAUGAUCUUUGAGGUCCCUUCCAACCUAAACCAUUCUAUGAUUUGGAAAUGUGUAGGAUCUGCUGUGCUGGCCUAUAUGGUACAGCCUGUGCUGAAGAGCAAUGUCUUUCUUCAGCAUUCCCUAAAUUGUCAAGUUCAGCCUCACUUGAGCUUGUGAUGGCCACUCAACUCUGAGACAGCUGCUUCUGCACAGCUUUUGGGUGUUCAGGGCAAGGAUUGGGGGUUACAUGUAAGGUAAUACUCAAAAAUCAGUGCUAUGUGUAUUUAAUCUGUACAGGCUCUUACUUGUCACACAUAAUUGGUAACAAAUAGAGCAGGUUUGUUUGGUCAGGUUACUGAAGGAGGAAGGAGACUUUCUGCUAAAAUACUGGUGGGUUCCUCAGCUUGAUUUCCAAAAGCAUUGAAGCUGGGCAGGUACUUUUCAUUCCUGCUGACUCUGUUAUAAAUUCGUUUUAGAGUGCUCCUUGCAGCACUUGUGGAAGUUUAGCUCAUGCACAUUGUGACUGAACAAGCAGAAAUGGUUAACUUUUAUUUUCUUGGAUGUUCACUUGGAGAUUUCUAGAAGGGAAAGUGUCUUUCCCUCCCCUCCCCACCACUACUUUCCUAACCUCUGGGUGACUGUUCUGGAGACAGGCUGCCUGCUAGCAACCUCAAAGCAGUAGUCCUUUUUGUUGCUAGCAAACGUCUGUGCAAGGACUCAAUCCGCAGGCAGUGAUGUGCACUUGUGGUGGGUUGGAGUGCUGUAGUUGGGCUGAUGGUACAGUGAAGCCCUGACUUCUCCAGAGACCUACCUAACUGAUUCUUUCCAAGGUUUGUUCUGUGUAGACUUCAGUUGAAAGUAAACAGUGAUGGCAUGUGCAGCAUUUUAUAAGGUCAUAAGCCAAAGCUGUAGUCUGGAACUUGCCUCUUUUUCUCCAGUGAACAAAUGCACUACCUGUUGAAGAAGAUGUUUUACACCUUUGGGGAUCUCUCUAGUACAUACAACCCACUUACUUCUUUGUAGCACUGAGGGGUUAUUUUCUGUUCUGCAGUUUAGUCCACUGCUGAAGGCUUCCCACCCAGAAGAGGAGCUUUGCCAACUUCUAAUGGAAACCUGUAGUGGUGUGGCAGUCAUCCCAGUCUUGGAAAACAGAAGGAGCUGUUUACAAAAGAAGAACCCCACCCAUACCCUGAGAUUGGAGCAGCUGCAGUCACUCAGCUGUCAAUAUGGGACAAGGCUCUUUUUGCUCCUCUUUUAUUUCCACUUCACUCUGUUCUCUUGCACGUAUUUGGCUCUUCUGUGAAUUUGCAGAUCAUGAGAUUUGUGGUUUGGUUUUUUUUUUUUUUCCCAACUGGCUUUGAUCUAUACAGAAAGACUCACCCAGCUCUCAUUUGAAUUCAUUAAUACUUUGAGUGGGCCUUUUAAUUUAAUGUUUACUGGCUUGUUUCCCUUUGUAAUGCUCUCUAACUGACAACUUUGCCGUGCUCUGCAUCGCCUUUGAGGGUUUGGGGGUUUUUGAGUCAAAAAUGCUUCCUCUUCCCUGAAAGGUCUGAUCAUUUGUGGAGAUGUUAUAAAGGCAUUUUCAUUUCCUCAGGGGAAAAACCUGAAUUGCUCUCAGCUUUGACUAUUAGCAAAUCCAUAUUGGAGCACGUAGUGUUGGUGUUUGGUUUUUUACAGCACGAACAAAGUAUGUUUCAUACCAUCAACUGCAGUCUGAAUCACAGUAUUAAGAGCCUGCUUAAAUGCUAAGGAGCAGCAGCAUUUUGUUUGCAGCUUCCACCCCAGGGAAGUCACAGCAUUAAUUUCCUGAGCUGGAGUUUCUCCCACAAAGGUCUGCUGUCCUUUCCCCAGCAAUUGUGAUUUUAGCACAACUUACUAAGCAAGAACCCCAAUUCCUACACAGGUGGCCAGAAGGGUGAGGAGAGGAUGAGUUUCUUGUUGAUCAAGCACAACCAUUUCAGUGGAGAAAAUGCACUACAGCUGGUCAGACCAUUGAUCUUGAGUUGCAGGGGCAGUGUUGCCCUUGGGAAAGGGUAUAGGUGUUAGCAAAUCACCAAACUGUGAAUCAUUGACUGUCAAAUGCAUUUGGCUUUGUCUGGGUUUCGUUGGGUUUGGUUUUGGUUUUAAGUUCUUGUGGUCAAGUGUGGUCCAGUGGGAUUGAGAAAGGAAUGUAUUUUGGAUGACCAGGAUGAUGAAUGUAUGAUGCUUCAUGUUUAUUUGUAAUGUCCUUUUUUAUACUUAGAAAUUGCUUACAUAUGUAUCUGUAUGUAAAUAAAUGUUUAAUCCUUUCCA